UCGGGUCGUGGCGAGCGCAGAGAGGUCGCAAUGAAGGCUUCGGGAACACUUCGUGAGUACAAAGUGGUGGGGCGCUGCCUGCCCACCCCCAAGUGUCGGACUCCACCACUUUACCGCAUGCGCAUCUUUGCCCCCAAUCAUGUUGUUGCCAAGUCCCGCUUCUGGUACUUUGUGUCACAGCUGAAGAAGAUGAAGAAGUCUUCUGGGGAAAUUGUAUACUGUGGACAGGUGUUUGAGAAGACCCCCUUGCGUGUGAAGAACUUUGGCAUCUGGCUGCGCUACGACUCCCGCAGUGGGACCCACAACAUGUACCGGGAAUACCGUGACCUGACCACCGCAGGAGCUGUCACCCAGUGCUACCGCGACAUGGGCGCUCGGCAUCGUGCCAGGGCCCACUCUAUCCAGAUCAUGAAGGUGGAGGAGAUCGCAGCCAACAAGUGCCGCCGACCUGCAGUCAAGCAGUUCCAUGACUCCAAGAUCAAGUUCCCACUGCCCCACCGGGUCCUGCGUCGCCAGCACAAGCCACGGUUCACCACCAAGCGGCCCAACACCUUCUUCUAGGCACAGCCCCUCUGCCUCAUCCCAGUUUGCAC